CCACACCCUCCGCUUGGACGCAGCAGCCACCGCCGCGUCCCUCUCCCCACUAGGCUGCCGGCUCAGGACCCCCAGCUCCAACAUGUCGCCCUUUGGUCGCCUGUGUCUUCUCACCAUCGUUGGCCUGAUUCUCCCCACCAGAGGACAGACGUUGAAGUAUACCACGUCCAUUUCUUCAGCAGACCCAACUAUCAUGGACAUUCAGGUCCCGACACCAGCCCCAGACGCAGUCUACACAGAACUCCAGGCCACCCCUCCGACCCCAACCUGGCCUGCUGAUGAAACACCACAACCCCAGACCCAGACCCAGACCCAGCGACCGACAGGAGUGGAUGGGCCUCUAGUGACAGAUCCAGAGACACACAAGAGCACCAAAACAGCUCAUCCCACUGAAGACACCACGACGCUCUCUGAGAGACCAUCCCCAAGCACAGACGUCCAGACAGACCCCCAGACCCUCAAGCCAUCUGGUUUUCAUGAGGAUGACCCCUUCUUCUAUGAUGAACACACCCUCCGGAAACGGGGGCUGUUGGUCGCAGCUGUACUGUUCAUCACAGGCAUCAUCAUCCUCACCAGUGAGAACUGGGGUUGGGUGGGAAGGGCACCAAGACCAGGAGGGGGCUUAUGACUGAGGGCUGGGUUCUCAAAGGUCCCUGGGCAAUUUUGUUUUAAAUGAGGUGGCAAAUGCAGACAGCUGUCCGGGUUAUGCCGGAAUUAUUGCAGGUGAGUCCAUCAGAAACAGGAACCGACAACCCGCUGAGCACCCCAAGACCAAGCCCCCUGCCAGCUCACCGUGCCCAGCCUCCUGCAUCCCCUCGAAGAGCCUGGCCAGAGGGAAGGCACAGACGAUGAAGCUGGAGCCAGGGCUGCCGGUCCGAGUCUCCUACCUCCCCCAACCCUACCCGCCCCUGAAGGCUGCCUGGCGCCUUGGGGACUGUCCCUCAAGUUAUCUCCUCUGUUCAGACAAAAAGUAAAGCACUGUGGUCUUU